AUUUUAUUUGACAGAGUACAGUGAUAAUCAUUGUUCCAUGUAUCGAAUCCUAUAUAGUGUUUAUUCGUAACGGACAAUCUACGUAAUACGUGGUUAACAUUAUUUAAAAAUUUUUGUUUACAUUACUGUGACAUUCUCGUGCCUGAUCGAUAAAUCAGCGUGAGUUUGACUAUUAUGACGAGUAUUUAAAUUUAUUUCUUGCAACAUCGAUGAUACGUCGUAAUUACGUUUUCGAAGAAAUAACCAAUAGGAUUUUACAUAAUUCGCUGAUUCAUUUGAACAGAUUAAUAGUUAAUUAGAAACUGUUCGGCGUGGCAAUUUUCAUACAGUUAACCCAAAUUGUCCAUAAUGGCUUGGUUUGGAACAAUCACUAGCAGUGUUUUGCGGAGUGUUUUAUGGCAGGAUGUUGCACCUAAUACCGUUCAAGAAGUUAGGCCUGAAAAUUAUAGUAAUCGACACAUUGAAUGUCGUGAAGACGGUAUUGUACUUUAUGGUCCAGGAGGAAAAAGUGACGAAAAGUACGAAAUUGUUCUUCAUAGACCCUGUACAGAAACAUUGAACCAAGCAUAUAGUUUAUACAGAUCAGAAAACAAGAAGGAAGCGGAAGCACAUUUUCUUGUGUAUAAAGACAAGAUUCCGAUACUUGUCCAAAUUUGUCGUGAGAUGUAUAAUGUGAGUAAGAUACAAAAAUUGUGCGAUACUUUAAUGGCGCAUCCUACAUGGACAUUGGCACACUUGGCAGCUCAUUUUGCUCUGUACAAUGCUUUUGCUCAUGCAGAAGUGAAUAGCCAGUUGAACAGCGGAGAUGCGGAAACAGGUGUAUCUCCAUUGCAAGUUGCAGUGGAAACAAAUAAUCUGUGUACAGUACAGAUGUUGAUAGAAGCCAAAAGUUCAUUGGAACAUUUAGAUUAUAAUGCCAAUACCGUGUACCAUUAUGCAGCUAAGUCUACUAAAGAAAUCAUUUUAACCCUUGGAGGUGAUCUUCCGAAUAGUUUAAACAGUCGUAACAGUGACGGAUAUACGCCGAUGCAUGUGGCGUGCCUGAAUAACAAACCAGAAUGCGUUAAAGCUCUGCUUUUAAUUGGAGCGGAUGUAAAUAUUCCCGCUACCGAGGGUCAAUCUUCUAGUCCAGGUUAUGUAGGAGAUUUCCUUCAUAGUAAACCAAAUGUUCUUCAUUCGGAAGACAUGAAAUUUGGCGGUACGCCAUUGCAUUGGUCGCUGAGUAGGGAAGUGAUUAAUGCUUUGAUAGAAUCUAACUGUGAUAUAGAUGCUUUAAACUUUAAUGGACGUACAGCAUUACACAUUAUGGCAAUGAGAAAACGACUAUCAUGCGUGGUGGCACUAUUGAGUCAUAUGUGUUCUGUAAAUAUCUUUGACAGUGAUGGCAAUACACCGUUGCAUUUAGCAGUUUCCGCAAACGCAUUGGCGAUAGUGCAAAUUUUGAUAGGUUUCGGUGCAGACAUUGAUGUAAAGAAUUGGCAAUCGGAAACACCACGACAUCUUGCGAAUAUCGAUAGCAACGAGGGUCAGAAAAUUCUGUAUGUUUUAGAUUCGGUAGGCGCUGAACGCUGUGAAUCGGAUAUGAAAAAUUGCCACCUAGGCUGUAAGCACAACGAAGAAUUUAAAGGUGUCGCGCCAUCGGAACAACCAAUGGUUGUAUCGCGUAUGAUAUUGGAUCAAAUGCUUCAUGUUUCCGGAAUGGCGUUGCAAGGAAACAAGAAAAUAGAGGGCGGACGUCUUCUCUCCUUGGACGGAGGAGGAAUUCGUGGUUUGAUUCUUGUACAAAUGUUAUUGAAAAUCGAGUCGAUCCUGAAGAAACCUAUCAUAGCAUGUUUCGAUUGGAUCGCAGGUACUUCUACGGGUGGAAUAUUAGCACUUGGUUUAGCGGCCGGCAAAUCUUUGCGAGAAUGUCAGGCACUGUAUUUUCGUCUUAAAGAUGAAGCUUUUGUUGGUAUGCGUCCAUAUAACAGCGAAGCUCUAGAGAAAGUGUUGAAAGAGAGCUUGGGUGCUGAUACGGUGAUGUCGGAUAUCAAGAAUCCUAAGAUCAUGAUUACCAGUGUAUUGGCUGACAAGAGGCCGGUCGAACUUUACAUGUUUCGUAACUACGAUGCACCUAGCAUCUUACUGGAUGUUUCAGAGAGUUCGUCAUCUACCGCGUAUGUGCCACCGAAUCAGCAAUUACUGUGGCACGCAGCUAGAGCAAGUGGGGCGGCGCCAUCGUAUUUUCGUUCAUUUGGCAAAUUUCUCGAUGGGGGAUUGAUAGCAAAUAAUCCGACUCUAGAUGCUAUGGCUGAAAUUCACGAGUACAAUCUCGCUUUGAAGGCCAUUGGACGGGAACACGAAGUGGUUCCGCUGUCGUUGGUGGUUUCUCUUGGCACUGGUUCGAUACCUGUUUCCCCAUGGAACCAUGUGGAUGUAUUUCGGUUUAAUAGUUUAUGGGAUACCGCAAGGUGUGCGAUAGGAAUAUGGGUUCUCGUGGAAUUAUUAGUGGAUCAGGCAACUGCAAGCAACGGAAGGAUCGUUGAUCGUGCCAGAAAUUGGUGCUCCAUGAUCGGAGUGCCUUAUUAUAGAUUUAAUCCGCAACUAUCGCAGGAUAUUGCCAUGGAUGAAAAAAGCGACGAGAUUUUGGCCAACAUGAUAUGGACUACUGCAGCAUAUAUGCACGGCAAUAGAAUUCAAAUAAAAGAAUUAGCUGCUAUGAUAAAUCGAGACAGUUAUAAGAAUGUAUAAAUUGAUGGUUGCGUGUAAAUCAAAUAUAUGCGACUUACUGAAUCACUUGGAAAAAUAUAAGUAUAAUUAUAUUAUACUCAUUGAAAAGAUGCAAAUCUUUCUUGCUCUCUAAAUUUUUCUUCAUAGCGAAAUUUGUUAAUUUUUUGCGUGUGCGUGUGUGCGUGCGCGUGUGUGUGUGCGCGCGCGUGUGUGUGUGCGUGUGUGUACAUAUAUAUACAUAAACACAUCAUAUAAUCAAAGCAACCCAUAGUAGUUAUAUAUAUAUAUAUAUAUAUAUAUAUAUAUAUUGGCAUGUGAUAGCGUUUCGUCGUUUUAGGACUAUUUUUAAGAGGCGGAAUUUAAAAGCAAACUUAAUUGUCGAACAGUGACAAAGUGUAGCGCACAGUAUUAUUUUAGUCAUAUUUUUAUUCCCGCUGUUUAGUGGAUGACCGGUGUAUCCACGUGCGCGCGUGUACAAAUGUAUUAUUUAUUGAUCUAUUUGUUUAUUUUAUGGUAAAAGUAUUAGCAAGAAAUAAAUAGCAAAGAAAG